AUGCGCCGCCUGCUCCUCCUCCUCCUCUCCCUCUCGUAUGAAACCUCCUCCUCCUCCUCCGCCGCCGCCAGCAGCGGCAGCUGUAGCGACCGCCGGUGCGGCAGCACCUCAGUGCCGUACCCUUUCGGGUUCUCCGGCGACUGCCCCAUCCUCCUGGACUGCAACGCCUCCGCGUCCACACCACUCCUCCCGCACAGCCCCGCCGCGGCCUCGCCGUACACGAUCCUCUCGUUCAACGCCACUGCCUCUACUUUCCUCGUCUCGCUGCCGCCCUCGUGCAGCCGCACCGUCAGCGAGGCCAGGGCGGCGCUCAACGGCUCCGUCUACGGCGUGACGAACCACACCGGGCUCUUCCUCAGCGGCGGCUGCCACAGCCACAGGGCCGCCGGGGCCAACUGCUCCGUCUCCGCGGACAUCAUGACAACUCUGCUCCGCACGGCGGGGUGCGGCGGCAACGACACCGCCUGGACGUGCGUGGCCGAAGCCGAACUGCCGGCGGCGAACAGCUCCUCCGCUGCUAACGCUCCUGCUGCCAGGGCCAGGGGCCAGCAGAGCCACCGGUUCCUCGAGUGGAAGCGCGUGGAUGAUGCGGGUUGCGAGCACGCGCUGACGGCGACGGUGUAUGGGGAAGCGACGGAGGGGGUGCCGGCGCUGGAGUUCAGCGUGGUGGAGCUAGGCUGGUGGCUCAACGGCAAGUGCGCCGCUGCGGCCGGUAAUUGCGCGCAGAACGCGACGUGCCACGACGUCGAGACGCCGAGCGGGUCGUGGGGUCAUCUGUGCCGGUGCCCCGACGGGAUGUCCGGCGACGGAUACCCCGCCGGCGAUGGAUGCUACUACGUCGCGGGGAGUUCCAAGAAGAAGGUUUUCCUCAUAGCUGCAGGUGUUCUGGCGGGCGUGGCGGCGGCCGCAGGCGCGCUUCUGCUGUGGCGGCUGCAAUGCCGGCGGCGCAAGGCCGGGUGGUCCGCGUCGGAGCGGCUGGCGGCGAUGCGGCUGCUGUCGGAGGCGGCCACGUCGAGCGGCGUGCCGGUGUACUCGUACGCCGAGAUCGCGCGCGCGACCAACUCCUUCUCGCACACGCACCGCCUGGGCACGGGCGCGUACGGCACCGUGUACGUCGGCAAGCUCCCGGGCAGCAGCAGCAGCAGCGCGCCGGCAGCGCUGGUGGCCAUCAAGCGCCUGCGCUGCCGCCUCCACCACCACGACGACGACGCUGCGGCGGAGGCGGCGCUGCUGCUGAACGAGAUCAAGCUCAUCUCCUCCGUCAGCCACCCCAACCUGGUCCGCCUCCUCGGCUGCUGCCUCGACCGCGGCGAGCAGGUGCUCGUCUACGAGUACGUGCCCAACGGCACGCUCUCCCAGCACCUCCUCGCCAGUGGCGGACGCACCUCCCGGCUGACGUGGCGCGCGCGGCUGGGCGUGGCGGCGGAGACUGCGGCGGCCAUCGCGUACCUGCACGGCAUGCGGCCGCCCAUCUUCCACCGCGACGUCAAGUCCAGCAACAUCCUCCUCGACGGCGCGCUCCGCCCCAAGCUGGCCGACUUCGGCCUGUCCCGCGCCGUGGACCGCCUGGAGGCGGCGCGCUCGCACGUGUCCACGGCGCCGCAGGGCACGCCCGGGUACGUGGACCCGGAGUACCACCAGAACUUCCACCUCUCCGACAAGAGCGACGUGUACAGCUUCGGCGUCGUGCUGCUGGAGCUCAUCACCGCCAUGAAGGUCGUCGACUUCGACCGCCCGGCCGCCGAGGUCAACCUCGCCUCCCUCGCGCUCGACCGCAUCGGCAAGGGCAGGGUGGGCGAGAUCGUCGACCCGGCGCUCCUCGGCGACGGCGACGUCGAGGACUGGGUCAUGGGCUCGGUCCGCCUCGUCAGCGAGCUGGCGUUCCGGUGCCUCGCGUUCCAGAAGGACGUCCGGCCGUCCAUGAGCGAGGUGGCCGCCGAGCUGCACCGGAUCAGGUUCGCCGCCCCGGUCCCGGACGACUGCGAUUCCGAGGAGCCCGUGUCGAGGGUCAGGCCUGUGAAUAAGAUGGACAUCCAGAUCGACGUGAGCUUGGACGGCCCGGACGCAGUGGCGGAGAAGGCCGCGGCUUCGCCGGUGUCGGUGCAGGAGGUGUGGGUCAGCGACCGGAGCUCGCCGUCGACCAACGGCUCCAUUCCACGCUUUGCUGCAUAG